UGUUUUCAAGUUAAAGUUAUGAUUAUUUACAGAUGGGGAAUAUAUAUAAAGGCUCUUUCAGACACAAAGACACCCAUUCGCAGAAUGCAUCAGCUCAAGCACAAGAUGAAAAAGCAGGGUCUACUCAACCUUCUCCUCGUAUGGCUCCUGCUCACAGCUCCAAAAUACACUCUUAGAAAAAUCAAGGUUCAAGCUAAUGAAUCAGUUCACUUCAAUCUUCAGCCAAGACAGCCUAGCUACCGCACAAGAAAUGUGUUACCUGCUUGGGCUGAGGGGAAGAGGCUUCGCAAGAGCCCAUCUGGGCCCAACCCAGUAGGGAAUCACCAACCACCAUCUAAGCAAUAAAAGGAUGGACGGAAUCCCUUCAGCAUAACAGGUGGGUGAGGGUCACUUAUAUUUAUUUUUUUG